GCUAGCUAGCUAGCUAGCUAGCAUCAAUAAUAUAAAUAAUGGUUUGUCUCCGAAUUUUCCAAGUUGGCAGCUGCGGCAACAGAUCAUCUCCUUCUUCAGUAGCCAAAGAUGUGGUUGUGACAGCUCUGGUGAUGAUGGCAAUUCUCAUUUGUUUUCGCAUUCUCUGCUACUCCAUUUACCGCUUGCUCAAGGCGUCCCAGGAUCGUCCUGCUGCAGCCUCCUCCAUCCCCGCUGCUGAUCUGAGAUCCGUCGUGAUUAAUUGACUAACAUCAGUACUGGUACUUCAUGAAUAAUUCAACAUCUUACCUAGCUAGCUAGAUUCUCUCUCAAUGUGCAUGCACUUUAAUUUGUUUGUUGAUACGAAUAUAUAUAUGUAGAGACUUCUUAAUGUAUUAUAUAUCUAUGAAGUUCUUCCAAAUUUUCCAACCUGAAAUAAACUUCACAUAGGUAGCAAAUCCAACAGCUUCGAAUGUGAAGAUAAUAAAGAGCUAGAUCCGUAUACGUUCUAACUAUUAUCAAAACCCACUCACUACGCCAAUGAAUUGGAUUCAUGAAU